AUGGACGUAAAGCAGCACCGCCCGUUGCGCACCGUCGCACCUAUUUCUGGCAACGAAAAUAUCCUCCCCUUCCAAUCGUCCAUCCACCACCGCCACAAGUCUGCUGGCAAUCUCAAAGCAAUGACCGUGACCGGUGCUCUCAAUGCACCUGCAAAGCGCACCGCCUUUGGCGACGUGAGCAACACUGCUAGAACUCGUGUUGGCAAUCCCACAGGCAAGCCCAUCGGCAAGGAGACUGUCAAGAUCCGAGCACAGACCGUCACGACGGCAGUCAGCACGCGCGAUAUUCGGCUCGAAGAUAAGGAGAACAACAGACAAGGUGCGAACAAGGCAAACCGUCUGAGAGCCACUGCAGCGUCCAAGGACACAGGCUCCAAGCCAGCAAACACAGGUUCCCGCGUCAGCAUCGUCAAUCAGCAGCACAUUGGCACAUCACUAGCUCAACCUCCAUUGAGGAACGGCGUCUCCAAGAAGACGACGGCCGUGUACCACGACCGACAGGAAGUCCAGGUGGAGGUCCGUCCCGACGCAUUGUCCGCUGCAGACGACCUCGCUGCCUUGGUAGGCAAGCCGGCUAAGAACCCCCGGCAGUACAAGAGUCAGCCUGUGCUCCGGCAAAUGCAGGCCAAAGUCAUAGUUCGGCGCGACGAUAUUGCCGAAGCUGAGGACGAAGGCGAUAUUGAUGACAACGUGACCGAGGCGGCUUACGAGGACGCUGUCGAGAGCUUGUCACAGGACGCUGAAGGCGCUGUGCGGGAAGCACUGGUCGAGAUGGAGCAAGCGAGCCACAGGUUAUUUUACCAGGACGAGUAUCAACAGCCGAACCAGCACAAAGCCCUCCCCGAGCCGCUGGUUGCCUCUGAGUCCGAGGAGUACUGGGACGAAGAGGAAGAACAGGAGCUCUAUGAUGAGCAGGGCUACACCACGACGCACUCAUUCCGGUCCCACGGCGAUAACACCACGAGUGGCCCAACGAGUUUGCUUGCGCCGAAUGUUUCGGCCGACGUUCAAGACGAACUCGAGCUUGCAAAGGCCUACGUCUUGGAUCACCAGACUGAGGAUGAGGUAGAGGAGGAGGCAUGGGACGUCAGCAUGGUUGCCGAGUACGGCGACGAGAUUUUUGCGUACAUGCGCGAGCUCGAGUCCCAAAUGCUCCCGAACCCUCACUACAUGGACGAUCAGACCGAGAUUCAGUGGUCGAUGCGUUCUGUACUCAUGGACUGGUUGGUCCAGGUGCACCACCGCUUCUGUCUUCUUCCCGAGACUCUCUUCCUGACGGUCAACUACAUUGAUCGGUUCCUGUCUGUCAAGGUCGUCUCCCUCGGAAAGCUCCAGCUCGUUGGCGCCACCGCUCUCUUCGUGGCGGCCAAGUACGAAGAGAUCAACUGUCCGUCGGUUCAGGAGAUCGUCUACAUGGUGGACUCAGGCUACAGCGUGGAUGAGAUUCUCAAGGCUGAGCGUUUCAUGCUGAGCAUGUUGCACUUCGAGCUUGGGUGGCCCGGCCCCAUGAGCUUCCUCCGCCGCAUCAGCAAGGCGGACGACUACGACCUGGAGACGCGGACGUUGGCCAAGUAUUUUCUGGAGAUCACCAUUAUGGACGAGCGCUUCGUGAGCACCCCUCCCAGCUUCCUCGCGGCCGGGGCGCACUGCAUCUCUCGUCUGUUCUUGGGCAAGGGUGAUUGGACACUUGCCCACGUCCACUACUCUGGCUACACGCUCAGUCAGCUCAAGCCGCUCGUCAAGAUGCUCUUCGAAUGCUGUCAAUUUGCGCGCAAGCACCACGGCGCCGUCUAUGACAAGUACGCGACGCCCAAGUAUAAACAAUCAUCGACGUUUGUCGAAGGCAAGAUGGCGAGCGGCCUCACGCUGUCACAGCUGUAUGCAGGGUCUCUCCGCCUGAACUCGCCUUCCUCUCUCGGUGAGACCAUGCUGGGCCAAUUUCAGGCGCCUCGCAACCUCAUCUCUAUCCAGGGUUAG